AUGUCGCCACAGAUGAUUUGGAAUAGGAUAUUCAACGAUGUUUUAUUUAAAAUCGAAGCGCCAAAGCCACUAUAUAUUAUUAUCGACGCUCUCGACGAGGCCGAUUCGAUUAGUACGAUCGUGGGAUUCUUCCAGAAUAUUGAAAGGUCUCGCAUGCCCGUCCGGCUACUAGUUACCAGUCGAAAAUUACCAGAUAUUACUACAGCCUUUGACCGCAUUGCUCCAGCGUCGUUACUUACUAGGUUGUCAUUAUCUGAUAAUUUAGACGACAUCAGAUUAUGUGCAGAGAGCGAGAUGGAAUAUAUGCAUGGCAGUUUGAAAUUCCGACAAGAAGUCCUCGAAGCAAUAAUCAGCCGUGCUGAAGGGAACUUCCUAUGGGUAACUCUCGCUAUCAAAGAGGUCCUACAGUGCCACAGUCUAGAGGACAUAUCACAAGUUCUCGAGGAAAUGCCAUCUGGCAUGGAGUCCGGGGCUGAGACGAAUGCAUAUGUAAACACACCUACGACUAUGGCAUUUAAUACAGAUGCUACCUUAAUGGCAAUUGGAUACCGUGGCUCUGCAUUGGAAGUGUGGGAUAUGGUUGACGUUGGUCCUAACGCAGGCUGGACUGGUGUUAUUAGAGCUGUCUGGCAUCCGAGUGGAGAAAUUCUGCUUGGAAUCUAUACUGACGGCACUGUCUUUAAAUGGAAUCCAGUUGAAGAAAGUGACCACCAAGAGUUAGAAGCCGACAUAUACUAUUGUCCAUCAGAGAUCCAGUGUAGCCCAGAUGGCGUUCUUUUUCUAUUAAGUGACCAGGACGGUUCUGUUAGACUCUACAGCUACGAGCAUUUCUCAUUGCUAUAUAAACUCUCCGCCGAGGAUGUCAUUACAGACCUCUGUUUCGGCAUGGAUAGCAGGCGCUUUUAUGACCUUCGUGGGUCAUACUGCAACAUAUGGGAGCCGAGUGCGCUUGUUAGACUUCCCUACUCAGAUUAUGGCAGCAGCAAAAGCGACCCUGAAUCUAUGAGUGUAGUCAUUUCGAACCAUCCUUCUGAAGAAUUUGUGGAUGCGCCAGUGCAAAUUACUGCUCUUGCCGCGAGACCGCUCGGUGGCUUAUUCUGCCCAUGA